AUGGAAACGAGGAAGUUUCCGAAACGUCAGUUCGAAUACAAUAUGGUCCAUGGAUUCGCCCUCUCUUCUUCUUCGGGAGAUGAUGAACGCGAUACAAUGUCUGGACCUCGAAUCUUUGCGCAUAUCGAUGUAUGCUAUGGGCGCACGGCCCUCCGCUCAGCACGCAGAUGGGAGACCUUCGCGAAGCGGGAGUCCUCCACCUACGCUCAGCUGAAAUUCCUGCACAGGUGCCUUGAUGAGGACGUCCUACCUAAAUGCCUCAGAUAUAGACCGCUUGUGAACACUGACCUUUGCCGACGGACGAUGGCAGACUUCAAGAAGAAAAUGAUCAGGGUACUGAUACGAGACUGUCACGCCCGCAUCCACAAGUACCGCCAGAUGAUUGAACAUCAUUUGUCAACUUGCCAGUCGAUCUUUACGGCACACGAGAUGGGGAUCCUCAAAGCGGCAAUUCUCGACAGCGCUCGGCGUCAUCGCCUGUUGCGUGAUGACCAGUUGUCUGGAAAAUUUGAGAAAAUAAGUCCGCCAAAGCAGCCCUCUGCUGACGGUGCCUUGGUUCACAACUUGUCCUCUCAUCAUUUCACUCAGCAACAACUAGCGGUUCUAUCCUAUGACGCGAAGUUCAGCACAAGAGAUGCUCAACCAGAAGACUUUAUUGCAUCCUUUGAAUCGGCGCUCCAGAAGUGUGAGGCAGACGAGGAGUGCAAAAAUUCCGUGCGACAACAAGUGUCGACCUUACUCCUCCGACACAAACGCCAGAUGACGAUUUCUAAAGCAGAAGAUCGAGAACUUCUGAAGAUACGAAAAAUGAAGGAUAUCGUCACCCUGCCCGCCGACAAGGGGCGCUCGACUGUCGUCAUGGAUAAGGCUGAGUACUAUACAAAACUAGGCAACCUCUUGAUGGACAAGGAAUCUUAUGCGCCAUCGACCGUCAGCGAGUUUAAGAAGCUCGUAAACAGCAUAAACAAUACGAUCGGCAAGCUGAGGAAGGCGGGAGCUCUUACGAGAAGGGAAGCGUUGGCCGCAAAAGCCAGUGAUACCGCGAUGGCGCGCUUCUACGGCCUACCGAAGGUCCACAAGCAGGGGGUGCCGCUACGCCCCAUCGUCUCCUUACGUGGUACUCCAACCUUUGGGCUGUCAAAGUGGCUGUACCAGCGACUUUGUUUCCUUACCAAGGAUUCGGAGUGGACAGUGAAGUCGGCUGAAGAGUUCUUGACGCGCAUCAAACAUCUCGAGGUGGAGGCAGAUGAGGUGAUGGUGUCAUUCGACGUGAUCUCAUUAUUCACCUCCAUCCCACCCGCGCUGGCUAUCGACACUAUUGAUGGCCUUCUCCGAGAAAAGUAUGAUGAGACCGACCAACAGCUCAAACGAGCAAACAUCAUCGGGCUCCUAGAACUGUGUCGUAAGACCUUCUUUACAUUCAACGGCCAAGUCUACGAGCAAAAGAAGGGGACACCGAUGGGCUCGCCUCUGUCUGGCCUAAUUGCCGAAGCAGUUUUGCAGAGACUCGAGCAGCAGGCCUUCAGCUCGUACCCCCCGAAGUUCUGGGCCAGAUACGUCGACGACACGUUCGUUGUAAUCAAGAGGAGCGAGGUGAAGGCUUUCAAGGCAUUGUUAAACUCAAUCUUCCCCGACAUUCAGUUUACUAUGGAAGAGGAAGUAAACAAUCAGUUGCCCUUCCUGGACGUACAAGUUACGAGAUUGACAGAUGGGAAGAUAAGGACAACGGUUUACCGUAAGGCAACAAAUACUAGGCGCAUCCUCCACUUCCGAAGCAACCACCCUGUUGAUCAUAAACGCAGUUGUGUCAGAACUCUCUUUCAACGUGUUCAAACACACUGUAGCGACGACAGUGGGAGGAAGGCGGAGAUGAAUUACUUAUAG